AUGGAAACAAACCAGCACGAAGGACCAGAGGAGGAGAUAAUCCAUCAAAAUGGGCUGUCAUCAUCUUGUUCUUUUCUUCCACCACCACCACCAUCUGAAAAUCUGCCAUCUCCAACGACAUCUGAAGCCGUUGAAGACGUCGAUGAACGACGUCUGAAUCGCGUUGCCUAUGAGUAUUUGUGUCGAUGUGAAGAAGUUCGAACAUGGCUAUCCGAAUGCCUAAAAGAUGAUUCAAUCGCUUCGAUCACUGAAUUGGAGGAAAAUCUUCGGAAUGGAGUUCUUUUGGCUCGUCUCGGACACUCAUUUGCACCUCAAAUUGUUCCAGAAAAAGGGAUUUUCGAUAUCAAUCAGGAAAAAUAUAAACAGAACGAGUCGAUUCCAGUUUAUAGACAUUCUGAUAACAUUAUGCAAUGGAGAAGGGCAAUGGAGAGUGUCAGAUUGCCAGAGAUUUUCAUCCCAGAAACCGCGGACGUCUUCGAAGGGCGAAACAUGAAAACCGUAUUCUGUCUCUUCGCACUAGCUACACUCUUACACAGACAACGAAAAGCGCCACCGAUGAGAAAUUUGGCGGGAAAAGCCAAAUUUUCAACCACGGAACUAGGCGCGGCCAAGGAAAACCUGAAAGAUUCGAAACUUCCGGAGUUCGGAGAUAUUGGAAAUAUGUUAUCAGACCGAAAAAAUGAUGCGACCGCUCAGGCAGUAGCAAUGGAAAUCCUUCGAGAGGCUGUAAACGAGAUGGAUUCAAAAAAAGUUCUGGAAAUUCUGAAAUCGGCUCCUGCCGCCAUUGACUAUGUUGAGGAGACGAUGGGAGAGCAGUACUUAGAUGGAUUAAAGGAGGGGGCGGAGCCAUUUACCAAAGUUUAUGUGCAAAGUGUCAUUAAUUCUGCGAAUACAAAAUCCGCCAUGGACCAACUCGAAGCCCUUCUCUUAUCUGUAGACGUCGAUAACUCGCAAAUCAUCCAUAUUCUGGAUCUUCUCCAAAUUGAAGACGUCCGUCAAUUCGCCACGUCGCUCUAUAUCGAUUUGCUUCGAAAAUCUAAGGACGAGCAAUUGUCUUCUGGAGACCAAGUUCGAGAUGUGAUUGCUCAUGCAAAUGCUCUUGUUGAAGUCCGAAUUGCCGUGGAGCACGGAAGUUCAGGAGACGUGCUAAAGGCUCUUCAGAAUCCUCAUCUGAAUUUAGAAGACGUGGAGAAGUCGAACUCCACAUUGUAUUAUAAUCGGCUGAAGAAGGAGUUUGAAGGCGUCGAUGAUCAGAAGUUUUUGGUCCGCGAGCAACUCGCCGAAAUCGUCUCCGACUAUUCGAGCAUCUCUCCAGAACGUCGAAUGAUUCUAGAACUGAAUGGAGCACUGACACGUGGCGAUUCAGAAGGCGUCGAGGUGAUUCUGAAGAGAGUCUCUUUGGAGUUCUACGUGGAAGAAAAUCUAGAAUUCUACUGUAAGAGGCUAGGAAAAAAGAAGGCUGGAAAUCUGGAAGAACUGAAAAACGAACUGGAAGAUGUUAAUCUGGAAGUGGAGAAGGCUUUCAAGCUCGCCGAGCAAGUCUUAAAAAUCAAUAAAGCCAAAGGAUCAGAAGAGAAAAUUCAGAAGGCGUUGAGAGGGCUGAAGGACCUGGAAGCAGAUGGAUAUAGAAAGGAAUUGAUUCAAUGGUACUCGAAGAAGCUUCUGGAAGUUUUAGAGACUUCAGAAAAUUCUAAAGAUGGCUGGAUGGAGCAAGAUUUCUCACUUGGCACAGUCUACGUAUCAACUACCACGCCUACAGAAAGAUCAAAAGUUGCCCAAUCGCCUAUCAACCCUAAUUAUCUUAAUUGGGCAAUUAUCCAUUUCCACCUAAUUAAAGAAAAUAAGGACUUUGAUGAGUAUUUUAAGAAAAAUGAGUCGGAAGUAGUGAAAGGGCAAAAUGCACUUCGGAAGUUUCUGGAACAAAAACGGGCGGCUAAGGAGGCGGAGCUUAAGAAGGAGCAAGAUGAGGCGGCGGCGAAGAUACAGUCAAGAUACAAGGUCUAUAGGAAUAAGAAGGAUUUGGAACUUUUGAAAACCACAACAACCCCAUCGCUUUCAUUGGUCCGGAAGUUCGUGAAUCAAUUGCCACGUGGCGAAGUGGAUUUCACCGAUGACCUAGAAGUUGCUGAAUCGAAAACCGAGGUUUCUCGACUGAUGGCAUCCAAUAGGCAAUUGGAUAAAAAUUUGGAAGAAAUGGACGAAAAUAUUGGAUUGCUCAUAAAGAAUCGGCUCAAUUUGCAGGACGUGAUUGCUCAUCGUGACAAGACCGCGGCUUCCGCUGAAGAUUUCGCCGCAAAAACUGAAGUUUCGAACAAAAAACAAAGAGAAAAAUCGUCGGUAGAAUCUCUGGAACAGCUGUUGUACUACCUGCAAACCAAGCCGAAUUACUUGGCAAACUUGAUUGAGGGCCUCCGCGAGAACCGUACCGAAAUGAUGACGGAUGUCGUCUCGCCAAUCUUCGGCUUCCUUAGUGACAAUCGAGAACAAUUCCUCCUGGUCCGACUCCUGUGUGAACUUCUCGGCCGCAACGUUGCUCAACUCCGUCAAAUUGAAGAUUUCCAUUCGAACUACUUCAUGCAAGCCACUGCGGACACUGUCAAACUAUCUACUUUCGACAAUAUUCUAUCAGAUCCAUGCCAAUCGAUAAUCGACGAGCUCACCAAUUAUGUCGACGAGGAAUCCAGAGUUAAAACGUUCCAUUUGGAUCCGGUGGACCUUUAUCAGAACCUCUACGGCAGAUCAGUCGAAUCAGUUGAGAAGGCAUUGCAAGACACUACAGUAUCCGAUAUUCUGAGUAGCUCGAUUUCGUUCUUGGCCAAAUGGAGCGAGAGGUUCAUGGAUGCCGUAUUUGAGAACUACAAAUUGCCGAAGAGCUGUGUUUAUAUGACUUCUUAUCUGGAAACUGCACUUCGCCACCAAUUUCCAGCUGCUACAGCGAUGCAGAUUGAUCAGACAGUUGCCAUGUUUGCGUUUAAGGUAUUCCUCAGCCAUCACCUCACAUCUCCGCGAAGCCUAUUCCGUGCCCUCGGAAUACAAAUUACCGAUGAUGCGACUCAUCGCCUGGAGGCCAUAAUACAGUUCACAGAAAACGCAGUAGCCAACAAAGGAUAUGCCAAUAAGCUGUGGUUUUUGUCGCGUCUAAACGCCAAUGUUCAUGUUAUUCACAGGAAGUUCAUCGAGUACAUCAACAAGAACGUCCGCAAUGUGGUGCUGGAUGAAAUCUACUCAAUGAACGAAUUCACCCAAUUCGAUCCAUUCCACAAGCCAACACUCUCACUUAUCGAUAAACACCUACAAACUGUUAUCGAAUGUCUCCGAAAACACAAAAACGACAUUUCGGAAGGAAACGAAGAUCAAAUCGUGCAACUGAUCGAAUCGAUUGAUGACGUGGCAACUUCAGAUGGCGUCGUGAUGCUUCAAUUGCAUCCAUCGCCGAAUGAGAUGUUGCCAGAUGGAACACAGGCUCAUUUGUUCACAAGAGCAAAGAAACAAGUGGUGGAGUUGUUGUUGGAAGGAGUUCCAGGAACUGAUGUGGAGCAGUUGGUCGAGCAGAAGGAGGUGACCCCCGCCAUGCAAUCCAUUCAAACGAAUCUCAAAAAAGACUUGGCUCAACUGGAAGAUGAUGGACGGACCAGCAAGUCAGACAAAUAUCAAUCGAUCGUGACAGAUAUCGCAAAUGACAUUCGCCUUCAUGAGAGACGCCAACGCGAACGGGCGGAGCAGAAAAAGAGCAUUGCGGCUACGCGGCGAAAGUUGAUGGAGCAGAGAGAGGAGUUGAAUGAGAAGUUGGCAAGAUAUGAGGAAUAUUUGGAGACGUGUUUGCAGAAUCUCUCCCGAACUUCUCGUCGUCUCUCGUUCCGUCCGAAUACCAAAGAAGCCGGGAAAAUUCAGAAGGAGCGCGCUUCAUUGGACCAAAUUAAAACUUAUAAGAGUUCGGCUGAGAAAUUGUUCAAAAAAGGAGUUAUCAAGGAGAUUUUGGGAUACCAAACGCCAAAACGAAUCUCAAAACUGACUGUUGAGAUUUCUUCCUCCGAAGAAUCGGGCGUUUUUUCAAUGAUUUUGACAGAGGGAAAACAGCAAAUUGGUGAUGCCACGUUGCAGUUCCAGGACCUUCUAAAAUCCGAAUCGCUCUCCGAACCCAUCUACACCAUCAACAAAUUGGUCGUGCUGGAUGUGAAGAAGGCAAUUCAGUACAUUAACAAAAAAUUCUAUAACAAGUGA